AUGACGGAUUCUCCCGCUGCGGCGCCCGCCACGGCCCAUGUGCCGAAGACGGACUCUACGACGACGUCAGACGUGCUGCCACCCACCGAGACUACAACGGCCACCACCAAUGCCUCGGCCGCUGGAGCUGAAGCUCCCAAGCUCGAUACCACAGCCGAGACUGCUGCCCCCGAGGCCAAGCCGCCCACAUCACAGACAGAAGUGACACCCACAGCUCCCGUGGCCGCACCGGCGCCGGUGGAGAGCGCCAACUCUGCGAACGGCGCCGGCGCUGCCUCGUCGGCCACCUCGACGACCGUCGGCGGCGGCGGCCUCUCCAAGGAUGAGGCGACCACCCUGGAGGACUUCCAGGGCGAUGUGCAGACGAACAACAACCUGCCCUCGGAGGAGACCUUGAGGAAACUCGAGAAGUACACGGUCCUCGACGAGAGCGGCAAGUCGCAUACCUUCAAGAGCUUAUAUACCGGCCCCAACGUGGCGCGGCGUGUGCUGAUCAUCUUUGUGCGCCACUUCUUCUGUGGUAACUGCCAAGAAUACCUGCGCACCCUCUCGGCCGCCAUCACGCCCGAGGCGCUGCUGUCUCUGCCGGUGCCGACCUCGAUCGCCGUCAUCGGCUGCGGCAACCACAAGCUGAUCAAGUCGUACCUGGAGGAGACGGGGUGCCCGUUCCCCGUCUACGCCGACAACACGCAGCACCUGUACCGCGAGCUGGGCAUGCUGCGGACGCUGGCGGCGGGGGCGCGCCCGGCCUACAUGGCGCGCAAGAGCAUGGCGCAGACGGUCGUGUCGGGCAUCACGCAGGCGCUGCGCCAGGUCAAGUCCGGGCUCGUGCUGCAGAUGGGCGACCAGAAGCAGGUCGGCGGCGAGUUCCUCUUCGAGCCCGCCAGCCUCAGCCUCGACACCCCGAUCGCCACCCCGCAGGACGAGCGCGCCGCCCCGGCCCCGCUCGACCUCGACGACCGCGCCAACGGCCACGACAGCGAGAAGAGCGAGGACAAGAAGAUCACCUGGUGCCACCGCAUGCGCAACACGCGCGACCACGUCGAGAUCCCCGAGCUCAAGGACGUCCUGGGACUGACGGGCGGCGACGACGACGACGGUGCGGCGGAGGGGGACGCGAGGAAAGCGGCGCCCGGGACGGGGGCGGGCAGGCCGAGCGCCGAGGCCGGCCGGCAUCACAAGGACCAGGAGAGGUGGGCCAAGGCGCUGCGGCAGCGCAAGGGCACGGGGCUGAGCAUGGCGAGCCAGAUGAGCCGCAUGAGCCUGGACGCCAAGGCGGCGUCGGUCGCGGCCGGCGGCAAGGAAGAAGGGGGCGUCGUCAAGGAAGAAGGGGGCGUCGUCAAGGAAGAAGGGGGCGUCGUCAAGGAAGAAGGGGGCGUCGUCAAGGAAGAAGGGGGCGUCGUCAAGGAGGGGGUCCAAACGGAGAAGAAGUGA